AGUAGAAGAGGAGGCGGCGAGCGAGCGAGACGCCGAGCCGAGCAGCGCCGCGGAGGCGUCGUCGUCUCCGGUGGGUUGCAGGAGGCGAAUGCGAUGGGGUCCAAGACGAAGGGGUGCUGCGGGUGGCUGAUCGUGGCGCUGGUGGCGUCGCUGGUGGCGACGGCGGCGGUGGUGGCCAUCAUGAAGAAGAAGGUCGGCGGGGGGAGCGGGCGCAAGCUCAAGCCGCUGCCGGUGCCCGGCCCGCCCGGGGCCAUCGACUCCAAGUACGGCGACGCGCUCGGGGUGGCGCUCCAGUUCUUCCAGGUCCAGAAGGCGGGGAAGCUGGAGAACAACCAGAUCCCGUGGAGGGGGGACUCGGCGCUGGAUGAUGGGAAACCAGCGGGGCUGGAUCUUUCCAAGGGAAUGUAUGAUGCUGGUGAUCAUAUCAAGUUUAGUUUCCCGAUGGCCUUCACGGCAACGGUGCUCUCGUGGUCCAUACUUGAGUAUGGAGAUCAGAUGAGCGCCACGAAGCAGCUGGACCCUGCGCUUGAUGCUCUCCGAUGGAUCACUGAUUUCCUCGUCAAUGCGCAUCCAUCUGACAAUGUGUUCUACAUUCAGGUUGGUGAUCCUGAUCUAGAUCACAACUGCUGGGAAAGGCCGGAGACUAUGUCUGAGAAAAGACCACUCACACAGAUUAACACAAAGUCUCCUGGAUCAGAUGUUGCUGCUGAGGCAGCAGCAGCUAUGGCAUCAGCAUCAAUUGUUUUCAAAUCCAGAGACACUACAUAUUCUGAUUCACUUCUUCAACAUGCUCAGAAGUUGUUUACUUUUGCUGAUACUUAUAAAGGCCUCGCCAGUGACACCUAUCCAAAGCUCCAAAACUACUAUAAUUCUACUGGUUAUCAAGACGAACUCCUGUGGGCAGCGAGUUGGCUCUAUCAUGCUACAGGAGACCAAACAUACCUCAGUUAUGUGACUGUAGAGAAUGGAAAAGCUUUUGCUGAUUGGGGAAGGCCAACAUGGUUCAGUUGGGAUGACAAACUUGCAGGGACACAGGUGCUCUUGUCAAGAUUAAAUUUCUUUGGAUCCAAACAGACAUCUAAUGCUGAAAACAUGGGACUCAAAAUGUACAGAGACACUGCUGAAGCCGUCAUUUGUGGGCUCCUACCAGAUUCUCCAUCAGCUACUGCCAGUAGGACUGGUGGGGGAUUGGUGUGGAUAAGUGGAUGGAAUUCUCUCCAGCAUGCCACAAAUGCAGCAUUCCUUGCUGUUGUUUACAGUGACUACAUGCUCACAUCGCAAACAGCAGCAGUGCAAUGCAGUGGAAAGUACUACAGUCCUACAGAUAUACGCAAUUUUGCUAUAUCACAGGCUAAUUACAUCUUGGGAGACAACCCAAUGAAGCUUAGCUACCUGGUUGGAUAUGGGAGCAGCUACCCACAGCAGGUACACCACAGAGGGGCGUCGAUCCCCGCUGAUGCAAAGACAGGCUGCAAAGGAUUCCAGUAUCUUCAUUCUACGAGCCCAAACCCAAACGUCGCCAUGGGAGCCCUCGUGGGCGGGCCGUUCCAGAAUGACACUUUCGUCGACUCUCGGGACAAUGCUGUUCAGACAGAGUCAAGCACUUACAACAGCGGCACCCUCGUUGGUCUUCUUUCUGGUCUGGUCACAACUUCCUCUGUGGCGCAGUCGUUCACCUAGAGCUCUCUCAGAGUUUGGGCAAUGGCUUUGACCAACCGGGAGGAUAUACAUGUAGCCAUGUACAAUGAGAGAUUUUUGGCGUGACCAAAGGCAAUGUGCCAUCAGCGAAACGCCUUCACGGUGUUCUUCGUUGUUCAUCUUUUGGGUGAUGGGUGGUUAGCAGUAGUAGUUCUUGUGCCAUAGUGCUAUUGUUUAUACAAAUACUGCUGCGUAGUUGCAUCCGGUUUGCUGGUGUACUAUCUGAUACUACGAGUGUUGUAUUUGUAGGACGGAUUCCAUUUGUUGAUUCUAAAAUGAUCUCUGGUAGCUUGUAUUGAUGAUCUGUAAAAUCCCUCCCAAGAUGAACAUUGCACUGAACAUGUGAGAUCACAUGGGGAGAGGGAAGUAUUAAUCCAGUUUGUUCAGUAUGUUCAUACAUAAAUUGGACAUCUUUUCAGUA